CGUUCCGUUCCGUCCCUUGUCGUCGCCGCCGCCGACCCAAUCCCCUCCCCUCCCCCCGCCCCCCAAACUCCCCCGCGGCCACCUCCGUCCCGCCCGUCCUCCUUGGGCCAUCGCGCGGCGCGCUCCUGCCGUCCCCGCCCCGCCCGCGGUCUCUGGCCGCCGAGCCUCGAGGUGCGAGCUAGGUCGCCUCCGUCCGGCGACCCUCCUGCUCAAUCCCACCCCACGAUGCGCGCCGCCUAGAUCCCCAUGCUCCUGUGGCGCCGCAAAUGCGUCGCCGAGUGCCGCAGGCACGCCCGGGCCCUGCCCGCGGCGCAACCAUCCCCACCCGCUCGCCGCUGCCGCCGCCGCCUCUCCGUGCUCGCCGCCUGGGCGCACCAGCCGGACGACGACGCCACCUCCAGCGGCGAGGAGAGGCCCAGCUGCGCUCCCCCCGGCGAGGUUUCCUGGAGAAGGGGCUGCGCUCCUGGCGAGAUUGCCCGGAGGAGGAGCUCUGCUCCGAGCCUGAGCUCUGCCGGCGUCGUCAGGACUCUCCAGCGCCUGGAGAGGAAGCCUGCCAUCGCGUUCGCCUACUUCAAGGACACCGAGAGCAUCGGCUUUCGCCAUGACCCUGCCACCUACGCCGAGAUCAUCCGCGUCCUGUCACACAAGGGCCAGGGGAGGAUGCUGUUUUCCUUGUUCAGUGAGAUCCUCUCGCCGGCCGAUGGCGGCGGCGGCGGCCCUGAGAUCGUGCCGCUCAUGGAUCAGCUCAGAAGUACGUGCACUACUUCGUAUGCUCUCUUGUUUGCGACAGACUGCUUGAUCACAACAUGCACCACUUGUUGCAGUGCACAGGACACAAUAGGGCUGUUUGGUGACCUCUGCAGGCUUGGAAUCGUCCCGGCAGUCUGGACUUGCAACAUACUUCUCAAAUUUGCUGCUGAGGGCGGUGACUCGGAGGUUGUUGUAUCGGCUUAUGAUCAAAUCAAGGAAUUUGGAUUGACUUUGGAUGCUCACGCAUUAGUCCUUAUCACUAGGUCUCUCUUUAGAGAAAAGAAGGCAGACAAAGCAUUCCAAAUGUGGGUUGAGAUGAUUGAAAUGGGGGUGAAACCAGAUGUAAUUGCAUACUCAUCAUUUAUAACUGGUCUGUGUGAUUGCGGAAAGGUUGAUUUGGCUUAUGCGAUUCUGCAAGAGAUCAACAGAGAGGGGAUUCAAGUUGAGGACAUGGCUUAUAACAUGGUAAUGGAUGGGCUAUGCAAGGAAAUGAGACUGCAGGAGGCUGAAAUGCUCUUGGAGAACAAGACCAGACAAGGGUUCACACCAGAUACAUAUGGUUAUAGCUAUCUCAUUCGGAGUUAUGGCAAAGCGGGCAACCUACUCAAGGUGUUGGACCAUUAUCAAGCCAUGGUAUCCCAUGGUUUCGAAACAAACUGCCACAUUGCGAGUUAUCUUCUACAAUGCUUUAUGAAGUUAGGCAUGACAUCUCAAGUUACAGAGCAUUUCCAGAAACUCAGAGAUUCGGGACUCCAUCUAGAUGGCGUGCUGUAUAAUAUUGCUAUGGAUGCUUAUUGCAAGGAUGGUAACAUGGAUGAGGCGGUUAAGCUACUGAGAGAAAUGAAGGCUGAGGGUCUGACACCUGACAGAUUUCACUAUACAUGCGUGAUCAAGGGUUAUUGCUUGAAGGGAGAUGUACCAAAUGCACGUCAAGCAUUUGAAGUGAUGCUGAAGGCCAAUGUAAAGCCAGACGUAGUUACAUAUAACAUAUUGGCCAGUGGAUUUUGCAAGAAUGGUCUUGUUACAGAGGUGUUUGACCUUCUAGACCAUAUGGCGGAUCGAGGGUUAGAGCCUAAUUCACUCACUUAUGGUAUAAUAAUUGAUGGGUUUUGCAGAAGUGGCAACCUUAGUGAAGCAGAGGUGUUAUUUAAUAUAGUAGAAGAGAAAGGAAUCGAACGCAUCGAAGUAUUGUACAGUUCAAUGGUUUGUGGCUAUUUGCAUUCAGGCUGGACAGAUCAUGCUUACAUGCUUUUUCUUAGGGUUGCUAAGCAAGGAAAAUUUGUGGAUCGUUUCGCAUGUUCAAAGUUGAUGAAUGACCUUUGUAGGGAUGGAAAUGCCCAGGGAGCUUCAACAGUUUGCAGCAUGAUGUUAGAAAAUAAUGUUAUUCCUGAUGUAAUUUCAUAUACUAAACUCAUAUCAGCCUAUUGUCAGACAGGAGAUAUGCACAAUGCUCUCUUAUGGUUUCAUGAUAUGGUUCAGCGAGGACUUUCUGUUGAUGUUAUUGUAUACACUGUACUAAUGAAUGGUUACUGCAAGGUUGGCCAGAUGGAAGAAGCUUGCAAAUUGUUUGAUCAGAUGACAAGUUUAGGUAUUAAGCCUGACGUAAUUGCAUAUACCAUGCUACUGGAUGGUCACCUAAAAGAGUACCUGCAGCGGUGCUGGCAGGGCGUUAGUAAGGAGAGAAGGAUCUAUGUUCUUAGAACAAAGCAGAACAGAUUGCUCAGCUCUAUGAAAAAAAUGGAAAUCGAACCUGAUGUACCCUUUUACACCGUAUUGAUAGAUGGGUACUGCAAAGCCGGUGAUUUUGAGAAAGCCCGGGGAGAAUUUGAUGAAGUGUUGCAGAAAGGGCUGACUCCUGAUCAACAUGUAUACACAGCUCUGAUAUGUGGAUAUUGCAGCCAGGGCGAAAUAGAGAAGGCACAAGAUCUUUUUGAAGAAAUGGUAGACAGGGGAAUAAAACCAGGUGUACUGGCCUUUUCUGUAUUAAAUCAGAAAACCUUGAGGGAAAGGCAGUAUAAGUGACAUGUAUGAUUUCGCUGCGGUUAUAUCCACUGAAAUCUCGUCAGCGAGGUUUGGGAUGCGACUGCAUCAGAACCCAAGUUACUUGUCUAUCUGAAGUCUUACAGGAACACAGUACCUGUCCCAAGGCACUGGUCCCAAAAGAGGAAAUUCUUUGCAGGGAUGCUGCAACUUCCUGGGAGCAAGGUCUUGGUGGUACUGUACUUGAGUGAUUGCUGUAGUAUGAAUGCUGAAGCGUUUGAUCUAGUUGAUUCAUGCUACGCAUUCCCUUGAAAGACAUUUAGGUCCAUCUAGGAUCUUGAUCCUUGUCCUCCUUUGCUUGCGUAUACAAGUAUAUCAUUUGCCCAGGGCAAGCAAGGUAUCCGAAAACAACCAUUCCAACUUCCUGAUUUCAUUGCUGCAAGUGGAAUAGAAAAAAUAGGACAGGCAUCUUAAUAUUUUGGUCCUUUGUAGCAAUGCUAUGGACGGACAUUGUAUCUCCCUUGUCAACUUGGCAUAUAUCAAGAAAGAGGAUAGCAAAAAGUUGAAGCAGAAGCAGCGGGGGCAUAUGCAGCCAAAAAUGGGCAAGAUGGAUAUAGAUUAUCAGGUUUUACACGGAAACCAAAAUUGACUAGUCAUGGUGACCUUUACUAUGAAGGAAAGAGUUUGAGGCCAAACUUAGGAAAAUGAAGCCAGGUAUGCUGUCCCGAGAACUUAAAAGAAGCUCUUGGUAUGCCAGAAGGUGCACCGCCUCCAUGGCUUAUAAACAUGCAGCUAUCAACUGACAUCAAAUAAUUUUGGCCGAGAUAUGGUCCUCCUCCCGCUUAUCCUUCACUGCUUUAAGGCUGAAAUUUUGGGAUACACGGAACCUUAAAGCCCCUGUCUCCAACAAAACCUCUCAAUCAACAGCACAACCUUUGGAGGGGGUGACACAUGGGAUCUCUUGCUUGUCUCAGGAGUCAUAUGGUGCUUAUAUUGCUGCGUCAUGCAUGGAUCACAGGAUCUAUCUGUAUAGUACUCUCCACAUGGACAAGGGUCCAAUAAAGACUUACACUGGCAGCAAAAUUGAGUCUUUCUUUGUCAAACAAGUCUGCUAUUAGUCCUGAUGGGACUCGUAUUUUAGGUGGCUCGAGCGAUGGCAAUGUGUACCUGUGGCAGGUGGACCAACCUGAAAGUGGCCCUAUAGUUCUGAAAGGCCACGAGGGUGAAGCCACUUCAGUUGACUGAUGUGCUUUGGAGGUUGGAAAGAUAGUAUCAUCAUCUGAUGAUUCCACGGUUCGUGUAUGGAAUACCAAGAAAUUGACUGCAUCAACAUAAGUUCCCCAACAGUCAUCCGUAAGAGAGUAACUGCUCCAAACAUUGACUGCCCAAGAUCGGCUAACUUUGGAAAAUCCCUGUCUUGCCGAUGUGUCAUAUGCUGAUGAUUGGUCUGAUGAAGUGCCAUUGAACAUGAUAUAUUUUGUUAAAACCAUCUGCCUUUUAUCUUUGUAUUAUUUCCUCAUUGAGCUCGUUAGGUUGUGAUUCUUGAGGAAAUCUUUGUUAUUAGUCUAACAAAAUUAAAGAGAUCUCUGUGAGAUUUCCCUAGUGCAUUGUGUAAAUAAAGAUUGAUCUAGCAAAACUGUAUGAUGUUGACAAUUAUCUCUUGGAACAUGAGAGUAAUAAAGGAAUUUGGACUUGUGGUUGGUUCCUGGAA